GUCACAAAGUCUACUCGCACAGUUUGAUCCGACGAUGGGUGAUCGCGAUCGCAAACUUUAUAACAAAAACACCUGUUCCGCCGUGACGUAAGCUAUAUAUACCGUGAGUGUUGACACCGGUCCGGUUAAGGAAAAAGACAUUUCAAUCUAUUAAAAUUUUUUGAUUCCGUGGACCGUUCAGCCCCAAUCAACCAUGAGUUUCCAAGAGGAAUGGGAGAGGAAGAAAGAGGAAAGGCAUCGCAAACGCAUAGAGAUGGAUGGAGGAGUUACAAAUGGUUCAGUUUCCCCAAACACCAAGACCUCUCAUGUGAUAGUCCCAAGUGUACAGCUGAAACAAACUCCUAAGUCACCAAUGGUGGCAAAGAAUGUGAGUAAUGGAGAGAAAACACUCAACGAAGCAGAGAAGAAGGCAGAGGAGUUGCGUCAAAAACGAGAACAGGAGCGUGUGGAAGCAGAGCAACGAGUGCAGCAAGAAUUCACCAUGACAACCGUCUCCAUGACUCCAGAGCGCAAGGAGGAGAUACGUAGAGCUCGUGAAGAACGUGAGCAACAAGAGAAACAAGAGGCCGAAGAGCGAAAGGUUAGGGCUGAGGUGAGAUAUAUGAAAACUUGCAAAUUCACAGUACAUGUACCUUGCAUAAGAGACCGCUCAAAAGAGACAAUAAAUAUGGUCUUUAUGUACAUGUAUAGGUUCCUUUAGUAUAGGUUUUAAAGAAGAUUUUGAAGGGAAAUGAAAAUUGUUGGUCUUUAACGAUAGAUUUAAAGCCAGCUUUCACUGUAUGCACACAUGAGACAUGUGAGGAAGGCCAGGGCUGACGUCGCCCCUGUGUAUUUUGAGCCUUGUUCUGAAGGCUAUCUCACUUGGUACAAUAUUGUUUAAUGUAAAUUCACAUGAACCUCAUUUACUCAUUAGAUACCAGUACUGUUGUCUUCAGUUGGUAUAUUUUGUUUAUCAUGCUCAUUUGAACUAUCUGUGGUAUCAUACUUCUUUUUAAGCAGCUUUUUUUCCUUACCCUUAAUGAAGUACAGUACUAUAAGAAUAACAAU